GCUAGUAAAAUAUAAUGACAAUAUAAUUAACCAAACUUGGUAUCAACUGCAUAAAACUAGAAAGCAGUAGGUAGCUAAAAAAAAUGAAUUGUCUCUUCCUGAUUUACCUUAUUAUUAUUGAUUUGACUCUUUUAAAUCACUCUUCUUGGGUUGGGUAUUGCUGUAACAUUAUUAGUUUUUUUUUGAUCGACUAUAGACACCUAUACUACAUUCUAGUUAUUAUAGAUAUAAAAGACUAUAAAAUAUUUAAGGUGGUUUUCCUCCAGCUUUUUCUAACUAAAGAAGAUAAGCUAAUAUUAAUAAAUUAUUAGGUAUACAUAUAAAAGUUAAUCAUUACAAUAAUAUUAAUAACAAUAGCAUAACAUAGUAUUGUCGUGCCUGACCUUAUAGAAAUAAUAUUUAUAUAAGACAUAAUUAUUUGUAAGUAACUAUAAUAUACAAAAAAU